UUCCCGUAUGCUUGCUAGAUGGCCGAAAGGUCACUGAAUUUUGCGUGCCGUCUUUGUGGUAAAAGUUAGAUUCAUUUGCGUGUAAAUGUUAUGGCCACUGCAAGCUCACUGUCGACGUCCCAUACAGCGCCGUUGAGAACAGUAAACUUCGAAGUUUUUGGAAGAGUUCAAGGUGUCUUCUUCAGAAAGUAUACUCGUGACAACAGUUUGAAACUAAAUCUAGUUGGCUGGGUGAAGAACACUGAGAGAGGAACAGUUGUUGGCACUCUACAAGGAAAGCACAACCAACUUCGAAAAAUGAAAACGUGGUUACAAUUCACCGGUAGCCCUAAAUCUUGUAUAGAUCAAUGCAACUUUACUGAUGAGAGAGACAUACAAAAACUAGAAUAUGAUGACUUUACUAUAGUAAGGGAAGACACAAGAAUGCCAAAGAAAGUGACGGGAACAAGGGAAAAACCCAGCAAAACACAAAAGCUGCCAUCUGUUGCUGAAAGGAAACACAGGACAAAGAAGAAUACCUGAAGAUGAUCAUAUGCAGUGACACAUAGAUCAUACAUACGAUAAAGAUUUAUGCACCAUCAAUUCCACAGACAAACAUACGUA